AUGGAUGAUCACGUAAUAGUUGAAACUUUGAAGUUGUUAUCAUCGACAAGAAUUAAAGAGAGAAACGAUGCUUUGGACGAGUUAACAACGGUUUUAAAAGAAGAUCCUGAAAGAAUACCGACAAAGACCUUGCCCGCAACAGCGGAAGCUCUGAUAGAGCUACUUACAUCCGAGCACACAAAAUAUUGUGAACUUCUUCGAAAUUUGACAGACUCAACAAGAAAUAAACUAUCACUAAGUGAGAGCAGACUAUCUACGAUAUCGUACGUUUUGAGGUUACUCGUAGAGAAAACAUGCGCAAGAUUUAAGGUAAAAGUGUUAAAGCUACUCUUAGCAAUCAUACCUGGACUAAUGGUCAAAGAGGGAUCUAAAAGUUUAUUGGAUGCAGUUUCAGUCCAUUUAUCAUUUGCUCUAGAUGCUUUAAUCAAAAGUGAUCCUUUCAAACUGAAGUUCAUGGUUCAUCAGUGGGUAUCUUUAAUUGAGAAAAUUUGUAAGUAUUUCAGGUGGCAAAUGCGAAUAUCUAUACAAGAUAAAACGUUGACUAAUUUUGUAUCAAUUCUACUGAACCUGUUGGCGUUGGACACAGUUGGUAUAUAUCAAGUGACAAGGACAAUUACUUGGACAGUGAUAGAUUUUCUGAGGCUCAAUAAAAAGGAAAAUGGAAACACCAGAUUAAUAAUGUCUUUGAUCAACCAACUGAUCUUAAAAUGUCACUGCUUAAGCAUAAUUGAUAUAGUUAUGCUCAUAAAGGAAGUGUGGAGUUACAAUCUCACGAUUGGCUGUACUUCUAAUGAAUUAAUACAAGAUCAAUUAUCACUGUUCGAUGUUAUGUCGAGUGAACUAAUGAACCACAAAAUCCCCUUUAUGAUUGGCCAAGAAAAUUAUGCUGAAGAGCUUCUUUCUGAAUCUCUUAUGUCUCUAUACCGUGAAUAUAUUCUUUUACGUUUGAGUGACUACAAGCCUCAAUCAUUUACGGUAGACUACAUAAAGUUUUCAAGCCUUCAAGAUUCAAGGGAUGAAAAGUCAUGGUUUAAACUUCAUGACUUUGAACUUAGGGAUGAAAAUGGUACAUCAGUUUGGUUAAGAAUACUAGGCAUUACAAAAUCAUUAUUGACAUAUUUUAAACUGGGCAACAAAAAUGAAAAUAAGUCAUUACUAUUCAAAAGAAGGAAGUGUGAUUCUGAUAUACCUUCUAUUCUACUAAUAUCAGAAGAUAUGGACACAUUUCUUAUCCAUCUGUUAGAGGAGAAAAGCUCUCACAGAUUGGAAUUGAUAGGGUUACAGCUGUGCUCAUUUUAUGGUGCUCUGAAUGAUUUCACUAAGGGUUUUACAAACCAGCUAAAAGAACUUCUGUUUUCAAAAUUUGAAAAGAUUCAAUCAUUUAAUUGGAUUUGUUUCACAUUCAUUCCUUUAUUAUCGCAAGAAAAGUGCGAGGUGAGCGAUGAUGACAUGACACGCUUAUUUAAAGUUUGCUUGCCACUAGUGAAAUCGAGGGAAUCUUGCCAAAUCAGCUGUCUUUUGUUGGCUAACGCCAUUAAGUUCUCGAGAAAGCUUUUAUCCGAUGAGAAAACCAUCAAUCAAAUCUAUGAUCUCUACGAAUUAUCUGAUAUUUCAGGUCCCAUUUUGAUUUCUAACGAGUCAUUCAUGCUAUGGGGGUACCUUCAGUAUUUUGGUAAAGAUUUUCAGGCUAUGAAUGGUAUGUCAUCCUCCGAUAAAAUUUUCGAUUGGUUGGACUCGAAAUGGAAUCAGCUCCGUGGAACUGAUGAUAAGCAGGAUCAAUUUUGCAAUUUCCUAUCCUGGUUAGGUAAUAAAUAUGAUACAAAAGACCCAUUUAAUGACAAAAAGUGCAGAAGAACAGUACCACUUUCACCGCGUUUGAAUGAAUGUUGUUACGCUUGGCAGCAUUUUCAAGAGCAGCGAGAAUUUCUUCUCGGAGUAAAACGAGAGGAGAAAUCAAAAUGUUCAAACACACCCUUCUUUAAUUUACCUAAAGUUGCCUUGAAUCCUACACGAUACAACGAAACUCUUUACAGGUUGUUGGUAAAUAUUGACAAUGAAGUACUGCUAUCGCCUAUAGAACGGUUUAUAUGGGCAGUUGAAUUGCUGCAAAUCGUGGAUAAUCUCUGUGGGGAUUCCACUUUUUCUGAGUUCAUCUUGGCGUAUAAAAGAACAAUCUCAAUGAUUAUUCCACAUCUUAGUUUUGAUAAUCAAAGCUCCUACUGCAUCUUCUUCGAGGAAAUUCUAUCAAUACAGACCACAAAUGUAGACCAUUUAGUAUUUGACAGGAUUGAUAUGAAAGGGAUCGUCAAUGAUUUUGUCAAGAUAGAGAGAAACAAAUCUCAAACAGGAACUGCUAUCACUAAUAAUCUUGAAGUCUCAUCAAAAGACGCUACAUGCGAUAUCAGUUCAUAUGCAACAGAAAUCAGGUUCCAGGGACCUUAUCAUUCGAUAAUGGAUAAAGCAUUUCAAGCUUACCUAUGGUCCUCGGAGGGCAAAAGUAUUUCAGAGCGUUUAAUGGCUAUAUUGGAAUUUUCUAACUGUAUUACUACCGAUUUACUUAUAUCUUGUCUCGGUGCUGUCUGCAAAUGGUUAAAACAAACGAUUGCAAACAUCUCUUCCUAUAGCAAGAUUUUGGAAGAAUUUACAGAAGCUCUGGGUGAGAAGUUGCUUUGCAAUCACUACGGUUCAUCUAAUCAGGCGAUGCUUUUACUUGCAUCAUAUAUUGAGGCAAUAAGACCCCAAUGGCUAUUGUAUCCUGAUAAUCCGUUGAAUUCAGAUUGUAAUGAUAUCUUAGACUGGAUAAUAUCAAGAUUUGAAGACAAUUCUUUCACUGGCGUUACUCCUACUGUUAAUCUAUCCAAGUUACUCCUCAGCUUACUUCAAAACCAUAACCUUUCCCAUGGUUUGGUUAGAGGUGGGAAACAAAGAAUUUUUGCCACAUUUACUAAGUGCUUACAAAGGAUAGAUCCCUCCACCAUUAUCAGUGAAAUGAAUAUCAUUUCAAAUUAUAUGAGCCAAGUGAGUUAUAAAAACCAAAGCAUCAUAUUUUCUGAAGUUAAAAAGUUGUUUGGCUCCCCUCAGGAAAGCCUUGAAAAAUCUGCUUUUUAUUCACUUGCAAUGUCCAAGUUAUCAGUGGUUUCUUAUCCAAGCUUAGUGUUUUCGUUGGAAGAUAUGAUGUCAUACUCAGGUUUUAAUCAUACUCGCAUGUUUAUCAAGCAUGCUCUAAACAAAAUUACGAAUGACCUGGGCCAUCGAAAUCUUACAGAGCUGUUUGAAUUUUGCAAGUUUGAUUUAAUCAUGUACUGGUUUAACAAGAUAAAAGUUUCCACUGCUGAUAUUGAAACUGAAUGGGAUGUAUCCCUUUUUGGAUUUGUUGGCAUACAUGAAUUUUUAGCAAAAUAUUUUGUAGAAGUUUCUGCCAUUUAUUUCUCCCACGGUUUUAACCAAAGAAAAGUCUCAGACAUGUUACACAAAAUUACUGGGCAUGAUGAUGCCUUCCUGGUGGAUAGUUGUUAUUACUUGUGUAUUCCACUCGCUUUUGUCAGCGGCGGUGUGAAGGAAUUAAUAUUUGAAAUAUUACCCCAAAUAUCAGGAAAGUCAACGGUGAAACAUCACCGGAAGUAUCGCUUACUGAUGUUAAAGUGGAUUAUAAGCUUCAUAGACUUGGGAUCGCUUACGGAAGUUAUGUCAAUGGUCGGAAAAGAAUAUGCAGAUUCGUACCUUUCUGAAUUUCUAUUUGAAAACUCUACCGCUUCUAUGAGAUACCAAUAUCCACUUAAUAUACCCUUGAUCUUGGGAGCAAAUUUGAUACAGAAGCACUUUUCUGAUGAGAAAAAUAAUGUUCAAGAAUUCAAGCUGUUGUUUCUUUCAGUCGUUACCGAUCUUGAAAAAGCAUCGACUUACACAGGAAAAAUACGAUGUGCAAGAGAGUUGAAGUUUCUUUUUGUGCUUUACGAGAAUAUACUGGUACAGUCACCAAUUUUAAACUUUAUUAUAAUGCGGCUUUCAAAAUUCUUAAUUGACAUACAAAUCCAUGAUGAAAUAAUUACAGCAUUCAGCUCAUUUUUGAACCUCGCUGACAAAAAUAUGCUCAAGAUAGAGCGAUCCUUGUCCAACUUAUUCUGCAAAAUCUUCAUUUAUUUGAGAGAAAACGACAAAGAGCUUAGUCCAUCUUUUCAGCGGGCCAUAAAACUAAUUUCAAACUGGGAUCUCAUCAAAACAAAGAUUUGGAAAUACUGCCUUGAUGCAAUAUUAGGAAAUAUGGUUCAAGAUGAUAUCUAUGAAAAUGCAGAACCAUUGGAAGAGAACGACUGUGAUUUGGAUGACGUUAUACUGCUUUCCUUACUCUUUUCACGAGCUAGGAAACCGGUAGCCUCGAGAAUUGACUGUUCCCUUUCUUAUGCAUUCGCACGUAACAUUUUAAAACAUCAUGUUCCAAAGGAAUACCUCAGCAUGAACUUCAAAUUAUGGUUUGCAAGCCUUUCAAGAAAUAUUUCACGGAGAGAGGUUCAAAUGGAAAGCUCUUCAAGGUUAACCGAUGAUUUUCAUUUGAAAAGCCUGGAGGCAGUAUUUCAUCAUCCUGGGUUACCGUAUACGAUAUACAAACGUAUUUCAAUGUUCAAUAAGCAAGCCGAGUCAUAUGAUUCUACGGAGAUAUUCUUUCUUUCCGAGUGUAUUCUAACGUUCUUGGUAGGCUUCUCAGUAGAAAAUAGUGGGAGUGAAUUUUGCCUUACGGACGAAAUGUUGGAUGAGAACAAAGACAAGGCUACCUCAUUGGAUAAGGACGUAUUGAACGCUAUAUAUCCGUUGGUUGGCGAUAUCGAAAUGGAUGCAUUCGUACGCGAUUGUUAUGCGUCACAAGACGAACCAUAUAACUGCUGGAUAGCAAAGUUCUCCUGUGGUUUGAUUCGUCACAUCUCGUUUAAUAUACCACACAUUGUUUGCUUGUAUCCUUUAUGCAAAGCAUCAAGUGCUUUCUGUGAAUCUGCAUUUAAAGAUUUGUUUUUUAUUUCAAUGACAUAUGAUCCGAAAAGUUGUUUGAGGUGGAGUGAUCAAAUCUUUUCCCAGCUAACAUUAUUAGUGAAUGUUAGAGAUUCUAAAAUGAAAUUAAAACUGCUCUUUGGUAUAAUUAAAAUGGUAAGAAUGGGUUCAAGAUACAAAGAACGGAACUGCUUGCGUGCAUAUUCUGGCUUAAACCUAGAAAACAUUUGUCAGAUUUCUCUUCGAAUAGGAGAAUCCAAAUUUGGCUAUUUAUUAUUUGAGGAAGUGAACAUGCAAGAAACCAGAGAGAUGAAUAUAAAUACUCUCCAGAAAAUCUAUGAGUCCAUUAAUGAUAGCGACUUUAUAGCAGGUUUACCUGUUCCUCACUCAAUAGAAGGAGUUUUGAAUUCCAUCAACAGAAUUGAAUCAAACACAUGGAAGCGUUUUCUUUUCAAUAAUGCUGAUUUUGACGCUAAUUAUACCCGUUCAUUGAAAGAAGAAAAAGAACCAUUAAUUAAGGCCACUGAAGAGAGCGGCUUCUACGGAUUGACGAGUCUAUUGGAGGGUAAAAAUUCACGAUCCAGCGAUAUUUAUAAAUGGCACUUAGAGUUAGGGAAUUGGAAAUUAUUAUCUCCUAAAGUUAUUAACUCCAAAGCGAAAGGCUUAUACUACGCUAUAAAAAGUGUACCUCGAGAUGUUGAUUCCGCCAGAAAAAGCCUAGAGAAAUCGUUAUUAACAAUUUUUGACUCUCGAGAGUAUUUUUCUAACCAAGACGAAUGGAUGGAUACUUUAAACGCCAUUAUUGAAUUCAUAAAAAUAGCAUCAACUUCACAAAAUGACGCUUCUUUACCGCGCACAAUGAAAUUUAUCAUGGAGGCUGACAAGGAGAAGCUAAAGGCUAUAGAUUUUUGUGAUCACAAAGUAACUUUGAAAGGUAGGUACACUCUAAUGAACGUGCUUUCCAAGAAUGCGUUAGAGGAAAAUGUAAAAUACUCACAAUAUAUACACCUUGGGUCUGUUAUUCAACUCGCUAAUUAUAUCCAGUUAGCGAUUGCUAACGAUGCAUCUCAGGAUGCGCUACGAAAUGCAACUUUGAUGAGCAACGUAAUUAAAAAUACCGCAACAUUGUAUGAAGAUUCUUCAGUAUUAUCUCAAAUUGAGAGAUUAGCAAGCUACGUGUCUGCCAAUGCACUUUGGGAAUCUCGAGAAUAUAAAACGCCUGUAAUGAUAAUGAGGGACCUGCUAGAUCGUGAUGCACUAGAUCUUAGCAAAAGUAUGCUCUACAGAAACUUCAAAUCACUUCUCGAUGUCCCCAUUGACCAAAUAAAAGCUCGCUUGGUAAAAUGGAGUUCCGAAUCUAGGCUUGAAUCAGCUGCUGCAAUAUACGAAGAAAAUAUUGUUAAUUGGGAUAUAAGUGUCGAUGACCACGAAUCAUGUUCUGAUGUUUUUUAUACGCUCGGGAAUUUUCUUGAUGAACAGGUGCAAAAGUUACAAUCAAAUGGGGAGAUCGAAGAUAGGGAACAUAGGUCGCAUACUGGGAGGACUACCUUGAAAGCUUUAGAAUUGAUAUACAAGAACACUAAAUUACCAGAAAACGAAAGAAAAGAUGCAAAGAGGCACUACAAUCGUGUCAUUCUGCGGCACAAUAGAGAUUCCGAGAUAUUAAAAGCGUUACUUCUUCAAAAGGAGAAGUUUUUAUGGCACGCACUCCAUUUUUAUCUCAACACCUUAGUUUUCAGUAAUAAAUAUGAUAAUGAUGUCAUAGAUAAGUUUUGUGGUUUAUGGUUUGAAAAUGAUGAUAACAGAAAGAUCAAUCAACUGCUUUACAAGGAGAUCGGGACAAUACCAAGCUGGAAGUUUUUACCUUGGGUCAAUCAGAUAGCAUCAAAAAUUUCUAUGGAAGAUAAUGAAUUUCAGAAGCCAUUGCAGCUGACUAUGAAACGGCUUCUUUACAAACUGCCAUAUGAUUCUCUCUAUUCAGUCAUCAGUAUAUUGCUGUAUGACAAGCAAUCUAAUAAGGACUCCAGCAUAUCGCAAAAAAUCCAAGCUGUUAAGAAAAUACUUUUAGAGUUGCAAGGAUAUGACAAAGGUGCAUUCGCGAAAGAGUACCUAUUUCCUGUGCAAGAGUUCUGUGAAAUGUCAGUAGAAUUAGCAAAUCUUAAAUUUUCCCAGAAUACAAAGAAGUUACACUUAGCCAAUUUGAAGAUUGGCCAAUAUUGGUUGAACCAGCUGACCUUGGAAAGGCUUCCAUUACCAACUAGCCAUUUUUCCAUCCAGAGUUCCGUCGACGGAAGAAAAGCCCGUCCUUAUAUUGUGUCUGCUAAUGAAACGGUAAGUAUCACUACUACGGGAUUGUCCCUGCCGAAAAUAAUUACCUUUAACAUUUCUGACGGUACAAUACAGAGGGUUUUGAUGAAAGGUAGUAAUGAUGAUUUGAGACAAGAUGCAAUUAUGGAACAGGUAUUUCAGCAGGUUAAUAAAAUUUUACAGAAUGAUAAAGUAUUAAGAAAAUUAGAUCUUGGCAUUAGAACAUAUAAAGUAGUUCCAUUGGGGCCAAAGGCGGGCAUCAUUGAAUUCGUCGCAAAUUCAACAUCAUUACAUCAAAUUUUGAGUAAGCUACACAAAGAUGAUAAAAUCCCAUUUGAUCAAGCAAGGAAGGCUAUGAAAGCAGUUCAAACAAAACCAAAUAAAGAGAGGUUGAAAACUUACCUUAAAAUUACUGACGGAAUAAGGCCUCAACUAAGAAACUUCUUUUUCGAUUCUUUUCCCGACCCAUGCGAUUGGUUCGAAGCCAAGAAAAAAUACACAAAAGGCAUUGCCGCCAGCUCCAUUGUCGGAUAUAUAUUAGGCCUCGGUGAUAGACAUUUGAACAAUAUCUUACUUGAUUGUUCUACAGGAGAGCCUAUUCAUAUAGAUUUGGGAAUUGCGUUCGACCAAGGUAGACUGCUACCCAUUCCAGAAUUAGUUCCUUUCAGAUUGACUAGGGAUAUUGUUGAUGGAUUUGGAGUCACGGGUGUCGACGGGUUAUUUAGACGGAGUUGUGAAAGAGUCUACGCUGUGCUGAGAAAGGAUUACAUUAAAGUAAUGUGCGUUUUGAAUAUCUUGAAAUGGGAUCCACUAUAUUCAUGGGUAAUGUCACCGGUUAAGAAAUAUGAACACAUGUUUGGGGAAGAAAAUGAAGUUAUUUCCGCAUUCGAUGAUAUCAGUAAAUUCAUGGCUACCAGUGACAAGAAUGAAAAUCAAGAGUCCUAUAGAGCUCUUAAGGGAGUCGAAGAAAAACUCAUGGGCAAUGGUUUGAGUGUAGAAUCUAGCAUACAAGAUUUAAUCCAGCAAGCCACAGAUUCUUCAAACUUGAGCGUCAUAUAUAUGGGAUGGUCACCGUUUUAUUAA